GCCUAGCUACUUGCCAUGCAACUAUAUAAACUCCUUUUAACCUUCUGCAGAUUCAUAUUGUCUUCAUAACAUAAGAUCAAACACAAGUAGAAAUAUAGAUCAAACAUUUGGAGGUGCAUUUACGGCAAAUAAACAGAGCAGAUGGAUAUGAAAAGGGCUUUCGUUUUACUGGCCAUUCUUCUGGUUUUUGUAUCUGUUGAAUGUGCAACUGCUCAGGGGCAGGGUAGUGGUAAAGAUCCUGCUAACAAAUACGACGUCAAGAAGCCAUUGCCAGGAACAACGCAGGUUCGGGCUGUGUGUAAGACAAAGGCUAGUGCAUGUUUCAACACGACGUUGACCUGUCCAUCUCAGUGUCCUGACAGGAAGCCUAAGGACAAGAAGGGGAAGGGAUGCUUCAUUAACUGCAGUAGCAAGUGUGAAGCUACUUGCAAGAAUAGAAAACCUAAAUGUGAUGGAUUUGGCUCGUUGUGCUACGAUCCUAGGUUUGUUGGCGGUGAUGGAGUGAUGUUUUACUUCCAUGGAGCCAAGGGAAGCGACUUUGCAGUUGUUUCAGACAACAAUCUGCAGAUCAAUGCACAUUUCAUUGGCAGCCGGCCUACAGGAAGGACACGUGAUUAUACAUGGGUUCAGGCUCUCUCAGUCAUGUUCGACAGCCACACUCUAGUCCUUGCAGCUAAAAGAGUUACCAACUGGGAUGACAAGGUGGAGUCUCUUACUGUCAAGUGGGAUGGGGAGGAUGUCAGCAUCCCCACUGAUGGAGAAGCUGAAUGGAGGAUCAAUGGUGAACAGAGAGAAGUGGUUAUUGAAAGAACAGACGAAACCAACUCAGUAAAAGUCAUUGUUGAUGGACUAGUGGAGAUCGAUCUGAAGGUGACCCCCAUAGGAGAAAAAGAAAACAAGAUUCACAACUACCAGCUACCAUCAGAUGAUGCUUUUGCUCACCUGGAAACACAAUUCAGGUUUACUAAUCUAUCAGAACUCGUCGAGGGAAUCCUGGGAAAGACUUAUCGGGCUGGUUAUGUGAGCCCUGUGAAGAGAGGGGUGCCCAUGCCAAUGAUGGGAGGAGAGGACAAGUACCAAACCCCAUCUCUUUACUCUCCAGUCUGCAAAGUAUGCAGGUUUCAGAGAGAUUCUUCUGUUGCUACACUGUAGUUUUACUAAGUACUUGAAACAUCCAGCAACUAUAACAUUCUGCUUGGUAUACUAAGCAUGCACUAAUAUGUGUCAGUACGUUAUGUAGUUUUCUUCUAGUGUGAAUAAGGGUCAUAUAGCUUUGCCCAUUUAUUAUCUUGUAAAAGGUUACUUAAUAUGUUUAUCAAAUGUUUAUGGGAUUAAUUUGGA